CGUGCAGACAUCAAAAUCCAAAUGGCAAAGGCAGUGGUAGAGCAGUUUCCUUUCCUUAAAGACGAAGAGGGUCAAGGAUAUGAAGCUUGGUACACGCCAGGAAAGGGAAUUCAUUCUGCUACAGGGUGGUUGGAAGAACGGCUUAGAAAUGUUAGGAGAAAGAGCAUAAAACACCGUCAGACUGAACAAGACUUUGGCUCAACUUCAACUUCUCUAAAACACUUGACAAGAUCUCUACCAGAGCCAGUCUUAAAUGAAUCUGACCAUGCUGGAAUGAAGCAGGGGAUGAAAGACAACUGGGAGCCUAUCUCAACCCUAAAAAGUUAUAUGCAGAAGACCGUCUUAAAUCGAUCAGAAUGGAUUAGAAAAACGCCACAACUUACAAUACGAGAGGUUAUGAAAGAAUACCCUCGUCUUCUUGAUGUCCCUGGCACGGUUGAAAUAGACUAUGCAACAUUGUAUCCAGAUGUCGCAGAUAAUCUUUUCCGCGAUUUACACAAGAAACAGUGGAGAAAAUAA